AUGGCCACCGUCACUAACUUCUCAGCCAAACCAAUCUCCACCGUGGUUCCACGGCCGUCCUCCGCCGUUGCAUCCACCUCCUCCUUCGUAUUCUUCGACGCCAAACCCAACUCUCUGGCACUAAAACAGAGCUUGAGAAAUAGAAACCCGAUAAGAAGAAGAUUCUCCGCCGUGAAGGUGAAAGCCGGUGCGGCGUCUCCGGGGAAGGUGGGUUCACCGGCGGCGAAGGACGAGAAAGUGCAGAAGAUUCACAGCGGAGAGGAAUUCGACGAGGCGUUGCAGAAGGCGAAGAGCAAGCUUGUGGUUGUGGAGUUUGCCACGAGCAAGAGUGAUCAGAGUAAUAAGAUAUAUCCGUUUAUGGUGGAGCUGAGCAGGACCUGUAACGAUGUCGUUUUCUUGCUCGUCAUGGGUGAUGAGUCCGAAAAGACCAGAGAGCUCUGUCGGAGAGAGAAGAUCGAGAAAGUUCCUCACUUUAGCUUCUAUAAGAGCAUGGAGAAAAUACACGAGGAAGAAGGUAUUGGACCGGACCAGCUAAUGGGAGACGUGCUAUACUACGGCGAUAACCACUCGGCGGUGGUGCAGCUGCACGGCCGUGCUGACGUGGAGAAACUGAUCGACGAGAACCGCACCGGAGGCAAGCUUAUCGUGCUCGACGUGGGACUGAAACACUGUGGGCCCUGCGUUAAGGUUUAUCCAACGGUGCUGAAGUUGUCCCGGUCGAUGUCGGAAACCGUCGUCUUCGCUAGAAUGAACGGGGACGAGAACGAUAGCUGUAUGGAGUUUCUCAAGGACAUGAAUGUUAUUGAAGUCCCAACUUUUUUGUUCAUUAGAGACGGCGACAUUUGUGGCCGGUAUGUUGGUUCCGGUAAAGGAGAACUCAUCGGAGAGAUUCUCCGGUACUCAGGCGUUCGCGUCACUUAUUAA